GCUGCUCAAUCAAGCUGUGUAUUGGCACUACUGAAUUGCUAAUGUACUACUUGCUCUUAUGUAGGUUUUCGUGUCUGGGUCAAGAUGCUAAAAUAGAGCGUAUUAGAUCGCGUUCCACCUCAAGCUGGCCAUCUUCCAGAAUGACCACGAUCGCGAGCCGUGAUGACUUUGCUGAUUGGCAAAGCUCACGCUCAGAAGCACGCGGUUAGCGUUCUCGAUAUUUGAAGAAGACUGUCUUCCUGAAACUGGCGAGGCCCUGUAUCGGACAAUCCUCACAUCCUCUGAUUGAAAACAUCAUUACUUUCCAGGUUAUGAGUUCGUUUUGCCUCCGGAGCCGCAUGCAUCCUUCACCGGAGCCAUCGAUCGCUCUCCUCAUGUCUUCCGCCUUCAUCUAAAUUCCUUGGCAACAUACGAGACACACUCCCUCGACGUUGACUUGCUCCAUGCCUUGCAUACACAUCAACCCUCACACAGACUUACUGUAACGUUGGACACGACGAUGACCUUGAUUUCAAUCGAGACUGAGCAUGCUGAUCGGACUCGGAAGGAUAUUCAACCUUCAAUAUUCAAGAGUCCUCGGACCUCUCUGCAAGGGACAGACGGCGGAUACGAAAAGCGAAUACAACACACGCUCCAUUACUAGUAUCCGCCCGAUCUCAUCCUCAGCAUAUAACAGCCCACUCAUAUUAUGGAGUUUAUUACAGAUUCGACGUUGAUACCGUUGAUACCCCCAACGGGCUCCAUUGCUUUCAUGAGAACUCACUUUCCCAUUCAAUAUCAUUACCUCCAUCAUAAUGCGUAACUCGUAUCUUACAACUCUGAUACUCCUCGCAGCUACUUAUGGCGCUGACUUGGUCGAAGCUGCACCUUCUCCUCAACGUGCUCCCCGGCCAGGUCGUGUUCGUCCUGCUCGACCUGCUCCCCUAGCACCCACUCGUUCUGGUGCCACUACUGGUACCGACCUCGGCACCGGGACUGGGGCUGGAAGUGGUACGGGCACGGGUACAAUGCCAGGAUCUGGUGGACGCCCAGUGACAACUCGUCCUGUACCCAACAGACCUGGCAGACCACGUCCGAUGGUCCCCAUUCCUGUUCCUGCGAACCCCAGUGCGCCUACUCAACCCGGUCCUCUUACCCCUCCUGUGACUGACCCGGUGACAACACCGCCAGCUAGUACUACACCUCCCCCCACAACAACACCUCCUGCAGCGACUACACCUAUAACAUCACCACCUGCGAUGACACCACCUGUUAUCGCAGAUCCACCUACUACACCUCCCCCACUUACUACACCCCCCGUUGUCACCCCUCCUGUUAUGACACCUCCUGCAAUGACACCAGUAGCAACACCUCCAGUUCUUACCCCUCCCGCUACAACACCCCCUGCUUCUACGCCUCCAACUACACCUCCGGCAACGACGCCUCCAGUGAUGACGUCUCCUACCAGUACACCUCCUCCUACAUCACCAGUAGCUACACCUCCAGCGGCCACGCCUCCUGUUACAACGCCUGGGCCAGGGCCUCCAGUAGUUACACCUGGAGCUACACCUCCAGCAGCCACACCCCCGGCAACGCCUCCCGGUACGACACCUCCAUCCACAACUCCUGCCAUUACACCACCAGUCGUUGGGCCCCCCGCUCCUCCCGUGGUUACGCCAGGUGGAACACCGCCAGCAUCUACACCUCCUGUAACAACCCCGGGACCAGGACCUCCGGUAGUCACGCCUGGAGGUAGUUCUCCCACAACCACACCACCUGCUACAACCCCACCAGCAUCAUCUCCGGUAAUGACGCCUGUAGCAACUCCUCCAGCGACAACUACGCCAGUAGUCACGCCUCCAGCAACUCCAGGACCGGGACCUCCAGUUGUUACACCUGGUGCUACUCCUCCAGCAGCCACACCACCUGCAUCUCCGUCAGAAACACCUCCCGUAAUGACCCCGGUCCUUAAUCCUCCUGCUCUUCCCGUGAUCACACCAGAGACGACACCACCGGCAUCUACACCUCCAGUCACAACGCCAGGGCCAGCUCCUCCAGGAGCAACUACACCACCGCCCGCGACUCCUGCUGGUACGCCGGUUCUUGAUCCUCCCGCUCUUCCUGUCAUCACACCGGAAGCGACACCACCCGCAGCUUCGCCUCCUGUGACAACUCCAGGACCAGGUCCUCCAGUUGUUACACCUGAAGCAAGCCCGCCAAGCCCGCCAGGGUCGACUGCAUCCCCAACCACUCCUUCGACUUCCGCUGGUACACCGGUCCUUGAUCCCCCCGCACUUCCUGUGAUCACGCCAGAACCGACGCCUCCAGCUACCACUCCGGGACCUGCCCCUCCUGUGAUCACACCAGGGAUCACACCAGGCGCGACAACACCAGGCGCGACAACGCCAGCGACCGCUCCCCCCGUUACUACUCCAGGACCAGCUACGCCAAUAUUUACUCCUGAAGCAACUCCGCCAGCUCCCACUACUGUUCCCGUAUCACCUCAAGCUGCUCCUCCUAUCAUCACACCAGAAGUGACGCCUGAACCUGCACCGAUCGGUACUCCUGAAAAGAAGAAACGAGACUUCCCAGGUCGGUACACACAUGGCAAGUACGAAUACCACUAUGGUUCGUACUUCCCUACCUUCUCAGGGCCAGAAGUCAAGCGAUCAGUUGCUAUCAACUUUAAAUCGAAGAGAAAUAUACUUGAGGCUUCGUCGAUGAAAAAGAGAAACUCGGUCGCGAUCCCUGCGUUGAAACGAGCAGGGGAUCUUCCUAAGUACAGGAGGAAUUCACCGCCUCCGAUUGACUUGGGAUCGUCUCGACGGGCGAAUGGCAUGCAGAAUGAUUCCCCCUCUGACCCUGCGCGACCCGUGAUUAUCAAUGAUCCUCAUCAUUAUACUCCACACACUGUCACCCCUCGGGUGUCGUCUCCUAUGUACUUCGACUGAAAUGUCUACUUUAUAGUACACAGGCAGAGAUUGCGAAAAUGGAGACGUAGAGAUCACUACUAUACCUUGCUUUGAUCUCAGUAAUGACCCGUAAUGCAAGUCAUGAAUUCACCCUUUUCCGAGUCUAGUCUCAUAACAAAGACUUCUAUCCGCCACAUCCUCCUGCAGCUGUAUAUUCGCCGUGAAUAACUGUAAUCGGACCCAAUUCUAUCAAUUCGGAUAUCUCGACGU